AUGGAAAACAGCUUGCCGACGCCGCGCGCGCGCGCGAAUGUGUCUUACGUGCUCGAGUCCGUGGGGCAUACUCUCUUUGAGGACCGGCCCGUGCGUCCUCUUACGCCGCACGAGGUGCGCGUGAAUGUGCGCCAAACGGGCCUGUGCGGCUCUGACUGCCACUACAAGACCCACGGCCAAAUCGGCGACUUUGUGCUGCGUGCGCCCAUGGUGCUGGGCCAUGAGUCUGCAGGCAUCAUUACAGAGGUGGGAAGUGCCGUUACAAACCGCAAGGUGGGCGAUCGCGUCGCGCUCGAGCCUGGCGUGCCGUGUCUGGCGUGCGACGAAUGCAUCGGCGGCACGUACAACCAGUGCCUGGCCCUUGUAUUUGCAGCGACGCCUCCUUACGAUGGGACGCUUGCUACAUACUACAAUAUUCAUGCGUCGUUUGCUCAUCCAUUACCCCACUCGCUCUCGCUCGAGGCGGGCUCGCUGAUGGAGCCGCUGAGCGUCGCCGUGCAUGCGACCGUGGCGCGCGGCCAGGUGCGUGCGCUGGAGAAUGUGCUCGUGUUUGGCGCGGGGCCUGUAGGGCUGCUGAUUGCCGCGGUAGCGCGUGCGUACGGCGCGCGGCGCGUCGUGAGUGUCGACCUGAUCGACGAGAAGCUUGCGUUCGCCAAGUCGUUUUGCGCUACCUCCACGUUCAAGCCCGUGCUGCCUGCAGCCGGCACGUUUGGUAUGGAUAAUACACGCCGCAACAUGGAGGCACUUGUCGAGCGCGAGGGCCUCCAGCGCGAGGGCGGCUUUGAUCUCGUCCUCGACGCGACCGGCGCGCUGUCGUGCCUGCAGAUGGCGGCGUUUGCGGGCCGUCCACGCGGUAGGAUUGUGACGGUGGGAAUGGGAAAUCCCGUCGCGACGCUCCCGCUGACGCAUAUGCUCGUCAAGGAAAUGGUCAUGCUCGGCUCUUUCCGCUACGGCGCUGGCGAUUUUGAGAAAUCCAUCGCGCUCGUCUCCGAUGGCCUCAUCAAUGUCGAGCGCCUCGUCACGCACAGGUACCUCUUCGAAGAUGCAGACAAGGCAUUUGCCACCACCGAGCUCGGCAAGGGCGAGGACGGGCGCUUCGCCAUUAAAGUCCAGCUGUGCCAAGGCGCGGCGUCGUAG